GUUGUUAUUAUGCGUCAUGUCAACACUCGCUAUCUUAAGUCACUAUUUGAAUAUCUAUCAUACAUGUGUGUGUGUUUGUGUGUGUGUGUGUGUGUGUUCCCCCGGCAGGAGACUGACGGCGAUGACAGGUUGGGCCUGCAGGUUGACGCAGAGGGAGACUGUGACGGCGACUCCAAAGCAGACACUCCAGAUGCUCCUCUCUCCUCAGGAGACACAGACAACACUCCACAAUGCCUGAACAAAGCUCUGGAGGGGCUGCCCCCGAGAUGGAAGAACUACUGGAUACGAGGGGUUCUGUCUUUAGCCAUGAUUUUCGGCUUUUUCCUCAUCAUCUACAUGGGACCUAUCACUCUUAUAUUAGUGGUCAUGAGUGUCCAAAUCAAGUGUUUCCAAGAAAUCAUCACCAUCGGCUACAGAGUUUACCAUUCCUAUGAGCUCCCUUGGUUCAGGACAUUAAGCUGGUACUUCCUAAUUUGUGUCAACUACUUCUUCUAUGGUGAAACCCUAGCGGAUUACUUUGGGGCUCUGGUGCAGAGGGAGGAGCCCCUGCAGUUCCUGGCUCGCUACCACCGCUUCAUCUCCUUCGCUUUGUACCUCGCAGGUUUCUGCAUGUUUGUGCUGAGUUUAGUGAAGAAACAUUACCGCCUGCAGUUUUAUAUGUUUGCUUGGACCCAUGUGACCCUGUUGAUUGUGGUAACUCAGUCCCACCUUGUCAUUCAGAACCUGUUUGAAGGAAUGAUCUGGUUUAUUGUCCCCAUUUCCAUCGUGAUCUGCAAUGACAUCAUGGCCUAUCUGUUUGGAUUCUUCUUCGGGAGGACUCCACUUAUUAAGCUUUCACCCAAGAAGACCUGGGAAGGCUUCAUCGGAGGUUUCUUCGCCACUGUGGUCUUUGGCUUCAUCCUGGCCUACCUGCUGGCUCGGUUCCAGUACUUCGUGUGUCCCGUGGGCUUCAACAGUGAGACCAACAGGUUUACCAUUGAGUGUGAGCCAUCUGAUAUAUUUGUGAUGCAGGAGUACACUCUUCCUGUUGUGAUACAGAACAUACUGAGAUGGAAAACGGUGAACCUGUACCCCUAUCAGAUCCACAGCGUCUUCCUCUCGUCCUUCGGGUCUCUCAUCGGGCCGUUUGGAGGCUUCUUUGCCAGCGGAUUCAAGCGAGCCUUCAAAAUUAAAGACUUCGCCAGCACCAUCCCCGGUCACGGCGGCAUCAUGGACCGAUUCGACUGUCAGUACCUGAUGGCAACCUUCACACACGUCUACAUAGCCAGCUUCGUCAGGGGACCGAACCCGAGCAAAGUGCUGCAGCAGCUGUUGAUGCUGCAGCCGGAGCAGCAGCUCACCAUCUUCCACACUCUGUACUCCCAACUGAGAGAGAGGGGCAUGCUCCCCCCUGCUGCAGCCCAGGCUGAGUGAAGAUCCUCCAGCUUCACAGAGGGGUGUGUGGGGGAGGGGGGUGACUGGAGAGAGUGUGUGUGAUUGGUUUGGAGAGUUUGUGUAAGCAUGUAAACGCAGACACAUACACACACACACACACACACACAUACAUGAAACGACACACACGAUCUGACGUAUGGCUGUAAACGGUGUGUGUGUGUGAUCCCAGGCCUCUCUCAUAUCCUGCCAGCUCUUCAUCCAACUACCAAACCAGUUCAAAAUCACAACUUUAAACCAUGAGGUGACUCUCCAGACUACGUUGAAUCGCCUCAAAGUAAAAUAAAACCCCACACAAAACAACAACAGCGAAACAUUUGCCGGCUUCUUGCGACUUCGUUUCGACUUGGAGCGGCAACAUCAACAACUACACGUUUCACAAGCGAACAGGCAGCCCCCCCUCCUCCUCCCCUAACCCUCCCCUCCCAUCCCCUCCCUCUCAUCCUAAAGACUGAAGAUGAAAAACGUCUUAUCGAACAAACAUUUGACUCUCAAGCACACUGCUUUCUCAGCGCAGGUGGACGGUGGAUGUGCAGUGUCCCUGUGGACGGCAGAUAUAUUGCACUGACUUUAUUUAGAUGAACAAAUGGAUUUAAGAAGCUUUUACCAGCAGAAACUGGGCCCAAAGUGUCGGGCAACGUGGACCUGAGCUACAGCAAAAAGACUAUUGAAACAUGUCUUUCUGGGGGGGGGGGGGGGGGGGGGAAGUAAUGAUGAAGCAGGGUUGUCGGACAUUACUGUAGAAACUGUUUUAUAGACAACGCUCUAUUUAAUGGUCUUAACCUCAUAGCAUAACAAACAAAACAAAACAUGUAGCAUGUACGCUAGUCCUGUGUCGGGCGACUGCUAAACCAAGCCAUGUUUAUUCUCCUCUUCCACAGUGUGAACUUCUAGCUUUUAGGUUUCUGUCUGAAUCUCAAUAACUCGCACAAUAAAAGUCAGUUUAAAAAAAAAAAAGAUUGACUUGUAGGCAUGUUAACGCAGAAACUAGAGCAUCAGCAGUGCACUCAAAACACUCAAGUUAAUGUGUAUUGUAUAUAAAUAUAGUGAAAAUAUUUAGCUGAACAAAUACUUAAUAUAUAUAUAUAUAUAAGUACUUCUUCUGUGACCUGCUGGGGAUAAAUGAAAAAAAACACUUUUAAGCUAUGGUGAUGAAAUGAUAUGCAAAAAAUAAAUAAGAAGAAAAAUACAAAAAAAAAUAGAGAUGUAACUCAUUUGUAGCCUUUAGCAUGAACAAAUUUAGAUUUUUAACAGGCGGGGAUGUAGAUUUGAUCUGAGGUUGAGGGUGUUUAAGAGGGUGUGCUGGGUGAAUUUUGCUAGAGAUUGUAAAAAUAAAUUAAAGGUAUAGUUUUGACAUUUUGGGAAAUACGCCUGUUUGCUUUCUUUCUUUCUUUCUUUCUUUGAGUGAGAUGGACGUCACUCUCAUGUCUGUGCUUGUAGUACGGAGCUGGAGCUAGGAGGCGAUUAGCUUAAUUUAGCCUAAAGACUGGAAGCAGCUAUCCUGAGUCUUACCAAAUUUCUAAUAUCUGUCUACAAAAAGACAUCCAACUCCUACUAAUUAGCACGUUAAUUAACAAUCUUGUUAUCAAAGCAAUGGCAGUUUCAACGCUAAAGAGCAGUUUGUGUGAGAUGUGCAGAGCAGCUAACUCAGAUGCUACAGACAACAUCAAAAUCAAAAUAAUCACAAUAAUUAAUUAAUAAGAAUUUUAAAAACCUUGUCUACUUGUCCUUUCUGACACUUUAUGUGAUGCUUGAGACUUUUUACUUCGUAGAACCAGACAAAGGAGCUUUUUCUCCAUUCAUCUCUACGGUAAAAAUGUUCCCGCCAAAACUUCUGCAUCCUCUCGAUACCAGAAACCAGAAUCGUUUUUCCUGAAUACCACAUAAGGGGUAAAAGUUCAUGUUUUGUUAAACUUCAGCUGGAAAACCUGCUUGAAAAUCAAAGCUCACCUGAUUUCUUCUGUACUUUUUGUGAUGCUUGAGAUUUUCAGUGAUAUAAUGACCUUUUUCUGCAUUCAUUUUUACGGUAAAAUGUUUCCCGCCAAAACUUCUGCAUCCUCUCAAUACCAGAAACCAGAAUCGAUUUUGGUGAUUAGCAUGUAAGGGGUCAAAAGUUCAUGUUUUUUUUUAACUUA